UUUGGAGUAUAAAUUUUUAACUUUGUUCAUUAGUUGACGAUGAGCAGAGCAUGAAAGAAGACUACGGCUUAUUUGUGUGGCCAUGCAGCAUCGUCUUGGCCGAGUAUGUUUGGCAACAGAGAUUGCGUUUUUCCGGGAAUCGUGUAGUCGAGCUCGGUGCAGGAACUUGCUUACCUGGGUUGGUAGCUGCUAAAGUUGGCUCCUUUGUCGCCCUUACCGAUGAUGCAAACAGAUUGGAGGUGCUGGCCAACAUGAGAAGAGUGUGUGAUCUAAAUAAUCUAAACUGUGAAGUAUUAGGACUGACUUGGGGAGUUUGGGAUACAUCCAUAUUUAGUUUACAGCCGCAAAUUAUUCUUGGGGCUGAUGUUCUUUAUGAUGCGCGUGCCUUUGACGACCUCUUUGCUACUGUGGCAUAUCUGCUCCAAAGUAAUCCAGGAUCAGUUUUCAUAACAACUUAUCAUAAUCGAAGUGGUCAUCAUCUUAUUGAGUUUCUAAUGGUCAAAUGGGGACUCAAAUGUGUGAAGCUUCUUGAUGGUUUUUCGUUGUUGCCAUCCGAUAAGGCAGCUAGGCUUAGUGGAAACAUUCAAUUGGCAGAGAUUGUGUUGAAGCAUGAGCGGAUUGAGGAAACUUUUUCCUCUGGUGCCGGAUGAUUAUGUGGUUUAGUUCAUUUAUAUAUUUGUCAAUGUAUACUACUUUUUGUAGCACAAAUGAACUACACCAUUAAAGACAAGCUUAAGUUUAGUAACAUUGUACAUUUCAUGUUUGUUAUAGACAAUUGCUUGAAAUAGAAUUAAUCCCAUUUUGUCUGU